AAACUGGCUAUGGAUGUGCGGAAAAUUAUUUAGUGCAUUUUUGGUGCCGAAAAUUAAGUCGCUGCAAUUGAUAUAAAAAAAAGUACAAAAGUGCCAACACAAAGAAACAAACUUGUAGUCAAUCAUCAACAGCUUAACUCUAUAUAUGUGUGUGUGUGUGUUAAAGAGUUUCUGUUGCUGCUGCUGCUGCAGCCGGACGUAUUGAGUGAAGAAGCAGAAAGAAGAGGAGAAGCAAAGGAGGAGCAGGUGGAGGAAGAGGAGGAGAAGUAAGAGCAGAAAGAGCACUCGUACUCCUAGCUGCAUCGAAAAGCCUCACUGUAAUUACAGCCAGCUUUGUGGGAGUUCAAGUUUAACAGCGCGCGCGUCUGUGUGCGUGUGUGCAUGUGUGUGUAUGUUCACAAAACAACUUCGAUGUGUGUGUGUGUGGCACCCCCAAAGGCGCUCUGCAAGAACGCACUGAUGUAAAGUUAAAGCAACAACAACAACAACAAUAACAGCAACAACAACAUCACUGUAAAGUUGUCAGUGGAUAGAGGGAGAGCGGGAGAGUGGGACAACAACGGUCGCUGACUUGCCGUUUGUUUUGUGCGCACAUUCGCGUGCUUGUUGUCUUUGUUUGCUGCACUUUCGGUUGGCGCUGCUCGUUUGCAACGCUUUCCAGCCAGCCAGCUUCGCCUUGUGGCCAUCAGCUGGAUACGGAUUUUGUGACGGCGGCGACACCAACAACGCCGAAGUGGAUGCCCAUGCACGCGGUGGCCUGGGCAUUGCCCAGGACUUUGGCAUGGCCGGACCGGCCACUGGUCCCCCAGCCCAUAUGUACGGCGCCAUAGCGCAGCAGGACAUUAUUGUGCGGGACAUGGUGCAAAUGCCGCCGCCGCCGCCGUCGAAUGCGCCAACGUCAGCGGAUGCAUGUUUGAGCAUUGUGCACUCGCUGAUGUGUCAUCGGCAGGGCGGGGAGAGCGAGGGAUUCGCGAAGCGGGCGAUCGAAUCGCUCGUGAAGAAGCUGAAGGAGAAACGCGACGAAUUGGACUCUCUGAUAACGGCAAUAACAACGAAUGGAGCCCAUCCCAGCAAAUGCGUCACCAUUCAGCGCACGCUCGACGGCCGCCUGCAGGUCGCCGGUCGCAAGGGCUUUCCGCAUGUGAUCUAUGCUCGGAUCUGGCGCUGGCCCGAUCUGCACAAGAACGAGCUGAAGCAUGUGAAGUACUGCGCCUUUGCGUUCGAUCUCAAGUGCGACUCGGUGUGCGUGAAUCCCUACCACUAUGAGCGGGUCGUCUCGCCGGGCAUCGAUCUGUCGGGGCUCAGUCUGCAGUCGGGGCCCAGUCGCCUGGUCAAGGAUGAAUACUCAGCCGGCUCACUCGUCGGCAGCAUGGACAUCGAUGGCAACGACAUCGGCACCAUACAGCAUCAUCCCACGCAGAUGGUCGGCCCGGGUGGCUAUGGCUAUCCGCCCCAGGGGCCCGGACCAGGUGAAUACGUCACCGAUGCUAAUCAAAUGAGUGCAAUGUUUGCUGCCGGGCGCGCAAUACCAAAAAUUGAGCCAACGGACGGUGCCGGGCCGCGCAGUUCGUGGAUGGUGCAGCAGCAGCAACAGCAGCAGCAGCCACCGCCGCGACUCAGCCAGGCUCAGGCCCAGCAGCAGCAGCAGGCAGCGCCGCAACAGCAGCAGCCACAAUCCCAAUCCCAGCCAGCGCCGCACACUCUUUCCGUACCUCAUGGCAUGCCGGGUAUGGGUGCCAUGAAUCCUGGCCCCGGUGCAGUUAUGGCGCCGCCACCCCCGCCCACACAAGCACAGAACGCCCAAGGCAAUGGCGUGCAUCAUGCCCAGACCAGCUCACCCACAGACGCCGCCACGCUGGCAGCCAUGCAACAGCAGCAGCAGCAACAGCAGCCACCGCCAGGUGGUGGUGGAGUCGGCGGCGGCGGCGGAGCCAAUGGACCCAAUACCGUUCCCAGCAAUUCCACUGGAUCCGCUGGCAGCGCUGCCCAAUACUAUGGAGCCCCGCCCACCGGCACACAAAUGCAAAAUGUCGGCAACGAUGUCAGCAAGUUUGGCAACAAUGCCGGUGGCAGCAACGCGGGUCCGUCUACAGUGCACGCCCAACAGCAACAGAAUGGCUACGUGCCCCAGUCGAAUGCCCAAGGCACGGGCGCCGGUAGCUAUGGUUCGACGCAGGCGACAUCUGGACAGCAGCAGCAGCAGCAACAACAGCAGGCAACCGCUGGCAAUCAGGCGAAUGCGGGUGGAGCUGUGGGGCAGACCAGUGGCGGGGGCGGUGGCGCUGGCGGUGGCACAGGCGGCACCUGGACCGGACCCAAUACACUCACCUACACACAGUCCAUGCAACCGCCCGAUCCGCGCUCCAUGCCGGGCAGCUACUGGAACUCAACGCUGGGAGGGGAUCUGGGUUCGCCGCAGCAGGCGCCGCAACAGCAGCAACAGCAGCAGCAGCAACAACAACAGCAGCAGCAGCCGCGUCUGCUGUCGCGUCAACCGGCACCGGAAUACUGGUGCUCCAUUGCGUACUUUGAGCUGGACACACAGGUGGGCGAAACGUUCAAAGUGCCGUCAGCCAAGCCAAAUGUCAUCAUCGAUGGCUACGUGGAUCCGUCGGGCGGCAAUCGUUUCUGUCUGGGCGCCCUCAGCAAUGUGCAUCGCACCGAGCAGUCCGAGCGUGCCAGGCUGCAUAUUGGCAAGGGUGUUCAGCUGGAUUUGCGGGGCGAGGGCGAUGUCUGGCUGCGCUGCCUCAGCGAUAACUCUGUGUUCGUACAAAGCUACUAUCUGGAUCGCGAGGCGGGUCGAACGCCGGGCGAUGCAGUGCACAAAAUCUAUCCAGCAGCAUGCAUAAAAGUGUUUGACUUGCGACAAUGCCAUCAGCAGAUGCACUCGCUGGCCACCAACGCACAAGCCGCUGCUGCAGCGCAAGCAGCUGCCGUCGCUGGUGUCUCCAAUCAACAAAUGGGCGGCGGUGGCAGAAGCAUGACGGCUGCCGCUGGCAUUGGUGUGGAUGAUCUGCGUCGAUUGUGCAUACUGCGACUGAGCUUUGUGAAGGGCUGGGGACCUGAUUAUCCACGUCAAUCGAUUAAGGAGACGCCCUGCUGGAUUGAGGUGCAUCUGCAUCGGGCGCUCCAGCUGCUCGACGAGGUGCUGCAUGCCAUGCCCAUCGAUGGAGCCGCUGCCUGAGUGGCGAGUGGAGUAGAGUGGAGCUGUCCAACUCACCGAACACAUACACAUAUACACAAAGCAUAUUUAUUAUUCAUAGCAGCGCAACAAGCAAAGAAGAUAUGGGAUAGAAGCGGACAGAGGAGGAAGAGGAUAGAUGGAAGGAGCACAGCACGUCUAAAUGUUAGUUUAAGAUUUAAAGUUUUUGAGCAGCGUUCGUUAAGUUAAGAGCCGAGUGCAAACAGAAGAGAGUAUGAAAUAUUUAGCUUUGAUUUGCAAUUACAAUUAUGAUUAUGUUUGCCUUUAAUUAUUUAAUAAUAAUUUUUAUAAAAAAUUUAAACAUCAGCUAUAAAACGUUAAGCGACUAGUUUUAUGUACCAUAUUCAGACAGAUCCAUAUAAACCACACACAAACACAUCUAUAUAUACACAUGCAUAAUAUAUAUAUAUUUGAUAACUGACUUGCGGCACACCAUUUGAUGUCACUCCUCCUGCCACACACCACAAUCCACACCCCAAAAAACACACACAGCAUUAGACAACAACUACAGCCGCAUCAGAACAUAGAAAGAGAAAUAUCGAAGGCAAGUAAAGAAAGUAGUUGUAAUAUAAAUGUAAUAAACAGAGCAUAAAUUAAA